AUGGCGCCCGCAAACCCUGAGUCUCGCCCCGAUGCUCCCGUCCCGGCUGGUUCUACUGUAAAUGGUAGCAAGGAGGCACCUGCUGAUGCCACGGAUGCUAUGGAAAAGGUGCGUAUCAAGGUCAGCGAGGGAGACCUCGUUAACGUGUCGAAGUUUCGCGCAACUAUUGCAGGAUUCUUCAACUCCAACUAUGCCUCCUCAGGAGACACGUUCCUAAAAUCCAUCCGGGAAAAGACUGGAAUGGAGAGAGUAAGAAUGGAUCUUGAUGACCUGUGGUUACAAGUUCAGUUCUUCCAUGACUCGAUGCUCCGGAUCCAGCCUAACAACAUCACUAGCAACUCUGAGAAUCUCGCACAGGCUGUGGAUCUCAUCCUGGAUGUUUCUGGUUGGCGUCUCAGGACGGAGUUGGAUAAGGAUCUCACAGAGAAGGACGCUUAUAUCGAGAUUGCAGUACUGCGCCGUCGACUUUGUCGUCUCGAGUUGAUGAUCAGAGAGGACUUGAACUUAUGUGGGAAGCCGCCAAAGAUACUCGCAGGAUGUAUUGUUGGCAUCAAGAGGCCCAAGUACAAGGAUAGACUCUGGACACGCCUGUUUGGCAAUGAGCCCGGUGAGCAGAAUCGCAAUGAAGACAGGAGCUUCCACAUCCGUGAUAUAGCCAGCCUCCUCCGCAUUGAGGAUUAUCUUACUUUUGUGUCUACCGAGUUUGACAGGCAGCUUGGUCCUAGAGGAGUCGACGGACAAGAUGGUGUCAUCAUGGCUGCGAUUGCGCAUCUUGACGACGAGGUCAAGUCCUUCCUCAAGACGAAGAAUUGCCGCACUGCUAACGAGCUCAAGGCCGAGUGGGGACCAAUCCUGCUUAACCCUAGAUUCCGCGCAGCGGUAACUCGCGAGAUGGGUAAUCUCGUGAAGGAGGCGGUUGCGUUUCGUAAGAAGAACGGUUACACGACUCAUCGCGAUGACUGUGAGCUGUUCACAAAGCCACAGGGUAGCAUUGCGAGAGUGUUUUCUAAUGUCUCUAUGAAGGGUGAGAGUGGAAGACUGAGUAGGAGCAGUAGCCCAUUGACGCCUCGUUUUUUCAGAAAGGAUUCUGCAGCUUCCAAGAAGUAG